CUACCUUCCAAAGAUGAAAAAAAAAAGUUUGACAUGCAUUAUCUCUAGCUCACAUUUCUUUUGCAAUGACAUAACAUUGAUUUAUUCUUACAGAUACCUGAAUGCUAUCCAAACAACAUGUCCACACAUCCUUAGAUAUUUAACCACAGCAGUCAUUACAAACAAAAGUAGACGAAGGACUGUCAUGAAAGAUUUAGUCAAGGUCAUUCAACAGGAAAGCUACAAAUACAAGGACCCCAUCACAGAGUUUGUGGAAUGUCUCUAUGUCAACUUUGACUUUGAUGGAGCUCAACAGAAACUUAGAGAAUGUGAAGAGGUGCUGGUGAAUGAUUUCUUUUUGGUGGCAUGUUUGGAUGACUUCAUUGAGAAUGCUCGCCUGCUGAUCUUCGAAACUUUCUGUAGAAUACAUGAAUGUAUUAGCAUAAACAUGCUGGCAGAGAAGUUGAAUAUGACAGAGGAAGAUGCUGAAAGAUGGAUUGUAAACCUCAUAAGGAAUGCUCGACUGGAUGCUAAAAUUGACUCAAAACUGGGCCAUGUUGUGAUGGGAGCACAAGCUGUGUCCCCGUAUCAACAAGUCAUCGAGAAAACCAAAGGCUUGGCAUUCAGAUCACAGAUGCUUGCCAUGAAUAUUGAAAAGAAACUGGGAAUCAAAACUGGAGAUCUACCACAGUGGGGACAGGAGUAAUCACGUAGAAAUUUCCAUCUUUCCGCCAUCGAGUCAUGAAAUACAACAAAAGUGCUGAUUAUCUGUGUGCUACCAUGGAUGCAACAGUGAUAUAUUGGAUUGAGUUCAAUAGACUCUGGAUUAAUUUAUUACAAAAUAUGACCUGGAAAAUUAAACGGAAAAUGAAGUAAUAAAUUAUUAAUAUUUUU